AUGGCGUUAUCCUUGGCCGGGGAUUCGGUCCCUGGAGACGGCGGAGAGACACUGGGGAUGAGCCCCGCGAGCCUAGCUGCCUACUACCCCUCUUUCCUCCCUGCUGCCCCGUACUUUGAGGCGGGCCCCGACUUCUUCCAGCCCCUGAAAUCCCUGGGCGGGAUGGUCCCCUCCUCCCCUCCUCUGCCCCCCUUUAACAGCAGCAGCGUCCCCGCUUUCCUAAGCCAGCCGCUCCCCGUGCCCGCCGACCCUUUCGCCGGCCUUCCCUUGCCCCUCUACCCCACGCCGCCGACCCCCUUCUCCCCCAGGGACAACUCUUCUCAAGGGGUGGGGAGCCUGGACUGGCCCCCGCCGCUCUAUCCCAGCCCCCAGCUCAGGGCUACUGGCAGCCCCGGAGCCGGCGGCUGUACGGCGCAGACCUACAGGUACCACUUCACCGAGAAGGAGCUGAACGCGGUGCUGUACGGGGCGCUCCGGAGCAGUCAGACGACCGGGAACGUCCACGCUAUCUCGGGGCUCCGGCUGCCCCCCGCCAGCCCUGGUGCUGCGGACUCUUCCUCCACCCUGCUGCUCGACAGGGACUCGCUGAAGCUCCCUGAAGGGCUGUCGGUGCUGCGGGUGGCGUACGGGGAGGUGUCUCAGCUCGGAGUCUUCUGCACGAACCCCAUCCCCAAAGGAAUCCGCUUCGGCCCUUUCCAAGGCAAAGUGGUCAACACAAGCGAGAUCAAGACUUACGACGACAACUCGCUGAUGUGGGAGAUCUUUGAGCACGGUCGCCUGAGCCACUUUAUAGACGGGAAAGGCGCCUCUGGCAACUGGAUGUCCUUGGUGAACUGUGCCAGGUUCCCCGAGGAGCAGAAUUUGACAGCUAUCCAAUGCCAAGGGCAAAUCUUUUACGAGAGCUGCAAGGAAAUCUUGCCGAAGCAGGAGCUGCUGGUGUGGUAUGGCGAUUGCUACGUGCAGUUCCUGGGCAUCCCCAUCAGCCUGAAGGGCAUGCCGGAGGGGAAGAAAUCCCCACAGCAUCCCGAAGAAGCCGAGGAGAGCUUUAAAUGCGAGCGCUGCGGCAAGGUUUUUGCCUACAAGUACUACCGGGACAAGCACCUCAAGUACACUCGCUGCGUGGACCAGGGGGACCGCAAAUUUCCUUGUCAGCUUUGUAACCGAUCCUUUGAAAAAAGAGACAGGCUGAGGAUCCAUAUUCUCCACGUCCACGAAAAGCACAGACCUCACAAGUGCUCAGUGUGUGGGAAGAGCUUUUCUCAGUCCUCCAGCCUGAACAAACACAUGAGGGUUCACUCUGGGGAGCGUCCCUACAAAUGUGUCUACUGCAACAAGGCAUUCACAGCAUCCAGCAUCCUGCGCACUCACAUCCGCCAGCACUCUGGUGAGAAGCCCUUCAAGUGCAAGCACUGUGGCAAAGCCUUCGCCUCCCACGCAGCCCACGACAGCCAUGUGCGCCGCACGCACAGCAAGGAGAAGAGCUGCACUUGCUCAGUGUGUGGCCAGCACUUCCCGGAGCAGGAGGAUUACCACUUCCACAUGAAGACCCAUGCCACUCAUUAG